UUUAUUUAAAAAAUUAAAAAAAGCAAAAGCAUCGAGAAUGAAAUCAGAGAGAAACUGAGAAAGGUUAACGAAGCGAUGGACGAGAAAGAAAAAGGAGAACGAUGGAACGGAGCGAUGACGAAUCUAUCAGAGAUGAGUUCAAAUCUCGAAUCUCUCCAGAAACUUCUUCUCACCAAAGCCGUUUUCGUCGACGACGACACUUUCUCCAAAGCUUCUCUCGCCGCCGAUCAAGCACGCACAAUUAAACUCCUCGAUCAACGAGUUCACACUUUGGAAAGAGAACUCGACGCCGCCAUCACAGCCGCCGCUCGCGCUCGAUCGGAAAAACGACAAGCUGAAGCUUCGCAGAAAGCCGCUGAAUUACGCGCUCAUGAAGUCACCAAAGAGCUCGAAAACACCACAAAGGUGUUUGAGCUGCAUAUGGAAGAACUGCGUGCAAAGCAAGAAGAAAUUGCAAAGCGUGAUAACGAUAUCAAACUUUUGGAAGCAAUUAUUCAAACACUUGGAGGAAAAGAAUCAUUGUCUACAUCUCUUAGAAUGCCAUAUCUUGGACAAGCAAAGAAUUAAAUACACUUUAUUCAAGUACUACCAUGUGAGCACAUAUUUGCAGAAUUGUUGAGUUAAAAGUGGAGAUGGUUUGUAUACAUGAGAAAAGACUAAGGAAAUGCCUCUCAAAAUUAAAAGGAAUAGAGAAAGUGGAAGUGGACACUAAUUGUCAGAAGGUAGUUGUGACUGGAUA